AUGAACGACUCCGAUGAUGACUUUUUGUCCGGGGCAGAAGAAACCAGAUCACCGUCCUCUCGUUUAUCAUCCUCAGCGCCAGAGUCGCGUGCACCGAAAGAUGGAGUAUCAGCACGCACGAGAUCACGAGGCGCGAUAAGCGACUUGAGAGGCGCCAAUGGAUACGCGUGGGAGGACGAGUACCAGAGGUCAUGGGAUAUAGUCAAGGACGACGAGCAAGGGAGCGGCUCCUUCGAGGCGAUGGUGCAGACGAUCAUUGAGAAUCGGAAAAAGAAAAUCAUGAAGAACCCAAGUACACCGUUCCAGCGUGGGAUCAUUCGGACAUUGGUGAUUGUCCUUGACGGCUCGCUUUCCAUGGCUGAAAAGGACUUGCGGCCCACGAGACUAUCACUCACGUUGAACUAUCUACAGGAGUUUGUCGUGGAGUUUUUCGACCAGAACCCCAUAUCGCAAGUGGGGAUCAUCUUGAUGCGGAAUGGGGUUGCCAAUUUGAUCAGCGAAGUGAGCGGGCUGCCGCAGUACCACAUUGACAAAUUGCGCCUCCUCAAGGCGCGCCAGCAUAAUAAAUUCGAGCCAAAAGGAGACCCCUCGUUGCAAAACUCUUUGGAAAUGGCCCGAUCGCUAUUGAAGUUCAAUUUUGGAACCACGUCCAACAACACGAAAAACUCCAAGGAGGUGCUCGUGGUUUUCGGCUCCUUGUUCACGAGCGACCCUGGAAACAUCCACAAGACAAUCGACGGCUUGGUGAAGGACGACAUCAAAGUGCGAGUCAUUGGACUAUCUGCUCAAGUCGCUAUCUGCCAGGAGCUUGUAAACCGCACCAACCACGAGCCACGAAACACCAUGUCUAAACACUAUGGUGUCAUCAUGAACGAGUACCAUUUCAAAGAACUCUUGAUGGACUGCGUGACUCCACUACCGUUGAUGGAUAAGGCGCAGAAAAAUACCGUCGACGAGUCCAGAGGCGUGCCCGUGAUUAAAAUGGGGUUCCCCACAAAGAUCCAGCCGUCGAUUACCUCGACUAUAGGCAACUCGGACUUUACCGUCGAGUUCCCCCGCUUGAACGCGUCGUACCCGACGCAGGGAUCCGAAGAAUCGAGAGACGUAGUAGAGAUCAACAACAACAGCAACAGCAGCAACAGCAGCAAUUUGCCUCAGGCGUCGUCGUCGUCGAUAGUCGGUUACCAGUGUCCACAAUGCAAGAGCAAAGUGUGCAAUCUACCUACGAUCUGCCCCGUUUGCGGAUUGAUGCUCAUCCUUUCUACCCACUUGGCGAGAUCCUAUCACCAUUUGGUGCCCCUAGCACCUUACAAAGAGGUUGAAGUGAGCGCCACCUACGCCAGCGAAUAUUGCUUCGGGUGCCAGCUCAAGUUCCCCGCGGGUGUAGAGACUAGUAGCGCGUCGAGAAGAGCCAUCGAGUCGUUAACUAGCUCGAGGUAUCAGUGCGUGCGAUGCGAGCAGGACUUUUGUAUCAACUGCGACGUUUUCGUCCACGAAGUGUUGCACAAUUGUCCAGGUUGCGAAAAUCUCACUUCUUAG